CGUUCCUAAACGACACGGGGCGAUUGCGGGCUGUUCCAACCCCCCGUGCAUUCGAACUACCGCGCAGACGCAGUGCGCUCGAACGUGGCCGGUCUCGGUUUUUUGAGCCAUUAGAAAAUUAGUUUCAGUCCGGCCGAGUUUACGAUGAGGUUUAUGUGCGUAAUGUCCGGUGCUGUGCCCUGAAUUCAGUGCGGUAGACUGUUCAAAUAAAUAAUCCGAAACGUUCGGCGUGCGACCCGUUUAGUUUUCGUGCUGCUCGGGCCCUUUUUGCUCUUGACGUAUACAAGUGUUCCUUUUUGGUUUACGAAACGGGGUGAUUUUCGGCAACCAUGGAGGACGGUCACGCAAAAACCGUGGACGAGGUGCUGAGGUACUUUAACUCAGAUCCGGAAAGGGGCCUUUCAGCUGAACAGGUCAAGAAAAACCAGGAAAAAUACGGACCUAACGAACUUCCCACGGAAGAAGGAAAGUCAAUAUGGCAAUUAGUUUUAGAACAGUUCGAUGAUCUUCUAGUCAAGAUUUUAUUAUUAGCUGCUAUUAUUUCAUUUGUCCUCGCUUUAUUCGAGGAGCACGAUGGAGCAUUUACAGCAUUCGUUGAACCUUUUGUAAUUCUUCUUAUCCUUAUUGCUAACGCCGUUGUAGGUGUAUGGCAGGAAAGAAAUGCCGAAUCAGCCAUUGAAGCCCUUAAGGAAUACGAGCCGGAGAUGGGCAAAGUGCUCAGGACGGACAAGAGCGGUAUCCAGAAGAUCAGAGCGAAAGACAUCGUUCCCGGCGAUGUUGUGGAGGUGUCCGUCGGUGACAAGAUCCCCGCCGACAUUCGUCUCAUCAAGAUCUUCUCGACCACCCUCCGUAUCGAUCAAUCCAUCUUGACCGGUGAAUCCGUCUCCGUCAUCAAGCACACCGAUGCCAUCCCCGACCCACGUGCCGUCAAUCAAGACAAGAAGAACAUCCUGUUCUCCGGUACCAACGUGGCCGCCGGCAAAGCCCGUGGUGUCGUCAUUGGCACCGGCUUGAACACCGCCAUCGGUAAAAUCAGGACUGAAAUGUCUGAAACUGAGGAAAUCAAGACACCCCUGCAACAGAAAUUGGAUGAGUUCGGUGAACAAUUGUCUAAGGUCAUCUCCGUUAUUUGCGUAGCUGUAUGGGCCAUCAACAUUGGUCACUUCAACGACCCCGCUCACGGUGGCUCCUGGAUCAAGGGUGCCGUCUACUACUUCAAAAUUGCUGUCGCCCUCGCCGUAGCCGCCAUCCCAGAAGGUUUGCCUGCUGUCAUCACCACUUGUCUCGCUUUGGGUACCCGUCGUAUGGCCAAGAAGAAUGCCAUUGUCAGGUCCUUGCCCUCCGUCGAAACUUUGGGUUGCACCUCCGUUAUCUGCUCCGACAAGACCGGUACAUUGACCACCAACCAGAUGUCCGUCUCCCGCAUGUUCAUCUUCGAAAAGGUCGAAGGUAACGACAGCUCCUUCCACGAGUUCGAAAUCACCGGCUCCACCUACGAACCAAUCGGCGAGGUCUUCCUCAAGGGACAGAAAAUCAAGUCGUCCGAAUUCGACGCCCUUCAAGAAAUCGGCACCAUUUGCAUCAUGUGCAAUGACUCCGCCAUCGAUUUCAACGAGUUCAAACAGGCCUUCGAGAAAGUAGGCGAAGCCACCGAAACCGCCCUCAUUGUAUUGGCUGAAAAAAUGAAUCCCUUCAACGUCACCAAGACCGGAGACCGUCGCCAGACCGCCAUCUGCGUCAGACAAGAAAUCGAAACCAAAUGGAAGAAGGAAUUCACCUUGGAAUUCUCCCGCGAUCGUAAAUCCAUGUCUUCUUACUGUAUCCCCACCAAACCCAGCCGUCUCGGAACCGGACCUAAACUCUUCGUCAAGGGUGCCCCAGAAGGUGUCUUGGAAAGAUGCACACACGCCCGUGUUGGAACCCAAAAGGUGCCACUUACCUCUACUCUUAAGAACCGCAUUCUCGACUUGACCAGACAAUACGGUACUGGACGUGACACCCUCCGUUGUUUGGCCCUGGCUACCGCUGACUCUCCAAUGGACCCCGAAAGGAUGGACCUCGACGACUCCUCCAAAUUCUACACCUAUGAAGUCAACCUCACUUUCGUUGGUGUUGUUGGUAUGUUGGAUCCCCCACGUAAGGAAGUCUUCGACUCUAUUGCCAGGUGCCGUGCCGCUGGUAUCCGUGUAAUCGUAAUCACUGGUGACAACAAGGCCACUGCUGAAGCCAUCUGCCGCCGUAUUGGCGUCUUUGGUGAAGAUGAAGACACCACUGGCAAAUCCUACUCCGGACGUGAAUUCGACGACUUGUCCAGCAGCGAACAAAAGGCCGCUUGCGCCAGAGCCAGACUGUUCUCGCGUGUAGAACCCGCCCACAAGUCCAAGAUUGUUGAAUACUUGCAAAGCAUGAACGAAAUCUCCGCUAUGACUGGUGAUGGUGUAAACGAUGCCCCAGCCCUGAAGAAGGCCGAAAUUGGUAUUGCCAUGGGUUCUGGUACCGCUGUAGCUAAAUCCGCCUCCGAGAUGGUGUUGGCUGAUGACAACUUCUCCUCCAUCGUCGCCGCCGUUGAAGAAGGUCGUGCCAUUUACAACAACAUGAAACAAUUCAUCCGUUACUUGAUUUCCUCCAACAUCGGUGAAGUCGUCUCCAUCUUCUUGACCGCCGCCUUGGGUCUCCCAGAAGCUUUGAUCCCCGUACAACUGUUGUGGGUCAACUUGGUAACUGACGGUUUGCCAGCCACCGCUCUCGGUUUCAAUCCACCUGAUUUGGACAUCAUGGACAAACCACCACGUAAAGCUGACGAAUCUUUGAUCUCUGGAUGGUUGUUCUUCAGAUACUUGGCUAUUGGUGGAUACGUAGGUGCCGCCACUGUUGGUGCCGCCGCCUGGUGGUUCAUGUACUCCCCAGAAGGUCCACAAAUGAGCUACUAUCAAUUGACUCACCACUUGCAAUGUGCUGCCACAUCUCCCGAAUUCAAGGGCGUCGACUGCAAAGUUUUCGGCGAUCCUCAUCCCAUGACCAUGGCUCUCUCUGUACUUGUAACUAUUGAAAUGUUGAACGCUAUGAACAGCUUGUCCGAAAAUCAGUCUUUGAUUGCCAUGCCCCCAUGGUCCAACUUCUGGUUGAUUGGCUCAAUGGCUCUCUCAUUCACCCUCCACUUCGUCAUCCUCUACGUUGAUGUCCUUUCCGUCGUAUUCCAAGUGUGCCCGUUGACCUUCGAGGAAUGGAUAACGGUGAUGAAAUUCUCAAUUCCAGUAGUAUUACUUGAUGAAACGCUGAAGUUCGUCGCCAGGAAGAUCACAGACGGUGAGAGUCCGGUUUAUACUGUGCAUUGGAUCGUACUUAUGUGGGCUGUGUUUUUCGGUCUGAUCCUAACAUCGCCUAUAUGAGUGCCAAACCUCUAACCAACCUUCCCCCGCCACCCCAACACCUAGAUUAUUGUCUGCGCCGUCGCCGCCUCGUACAGACCGAGUGCGGCAAGUGCGUAUACGGGUGCUAUUCACGUCCGGGUUUCUCUGAUUAUGUACACAAGUAAAUAACUUACUAUUAAUUGUUAGAUCUGUUGGUUUCCGGUUCACAACUACAGAAAUUUAUACGGGUUUAUUAUUUUAUUUUUGUUUAGUUUCUUUUUGUUUUGGAAUGAGGUACCUUUUUAUUUUAGUUUAAGCUGUACUCUUAUAGAAACUGCGAUUCAUUGUUGCAUCAUUCACUACAACAUUUGCAAGGUUUUAACUGUCACGUGUAAAUACAUCUUGUUUGUCCGACAAUAAUUUUACACCCGCGUUUCACAAAAUCAAAAUCCAAGUUAAAGCCUGCAACUGACCCACAGUCACCUAUAAAUAUUUCAUCGCCUUUUAGCCGAUGUUUCCGAGGUCGUGAUUUAUUUAUUUUAUUUGAUUUUUAAUUUGAUUUUUCGAUUUUGCACAGGUAAUUUCCUGAUGGAUCCCGAAUUAAAUAUAAAAAAAGCGAAAUAGCCGAACCCGUAUUAUCCCCCACAAUAAUCCCCCUCAAAAAAGCUGCAUUGUGUGUGUGCGUUUUAAUUUUAAAACACAACCGGGCCGGCACUCGGGAAAAAUGCGAGUUUUUCCCGGGUGGGGCUCCUUCGGAAAUUUGGAAGACAUUCGUCGAAUAUUCGCAGGCAAGUUUUUUCCCGUAUACCUAUUUUUUUUUUUUGUUUUUGGUGUUUACGCCUACGAGUGUUGUGAUUCGAUUAGUUUAAUUUGUAAUUUAAAUGAAACGGAAAAUGUGCAUGAAUUAAGAAAAAAACGCAACAAAGACUGAACGUUUUUUUUUUUCAACCAUAAAUUACUAGCAACGAAUAGGCCAAAAUAUUGUUUUUAUGUUUUACUGGCGUAGAAUUAAUUUAGGCAUGAAUAGUUUUCAUUGCGUGUACUGGACACGGUAACAUUUUGAGCGACCUUAUUUUGACUCCUAGGAAAUUAGAUUUUUUAUAUAAUUAUAUUGAUCAAAAGAGACUUUUUGGAGGACAUUUAUUAAAAAAAAGGAAGUGAUAUUCUCGGUGAUAGAGUGCGUGUUUUGUAAUACGUCCAUUCCUUGGGCUACAGAUAAUUUUUACUCAUACAACUUUUAGAAGUAUUAGGGAGAUUCACUGCACGAAUAGGAAAGGUGCAGAAUUAACUUACUCUUAGGAAACUUUUUGAACAACUAUAGUUCCUAUUCAAUUGAAUUUUCUCGACAAUUAUAUGUAUUCUACGUGUUAAAUAAUGAAAUAAAUAGAAUAGCAUAUAUUAAGCAUAUUGAGCUCAUAAACAACGUUUAAAAAGUAUCUGUAGUUGACCUAGUUGUUGUAAGUAGCAUAUAUGUACUUAUAAAUAGUUCUAUCGACGCUCAAAAUAUUACUUUGUCCGUAAUUUUUGUACCCUAACUUAGUUUUUCAAAUUAAUUGUGGAGUAAGUCACAAAAAGUGAUAGAAUUGUAAAGUAAACUUUGUGAUUUACUUUGAUUCAUGACAAACACGUUUCAGAUGUAUUUAUUUAUAAAUAUUUUUAUUAUCCGCUAGCAAUAUUUGUACAUGUAUAAUUCCGACGCCCUCCUUAAUAUUGUUUUAACGGUUCUGAAACUGUUUGUCGAAUUUGUACAACUGUUACAAAAUCUGUAUAUAAAUGUAAUGGGCAGUGUUACUAUUAAAACCUAAUAAAAAUGAACAACUUUUU